UUUGUGGGUAUCUGGGCCGGACCCCCCGGGCUUGGAUUUGUGGGACCCUCGCUGGAAGUAUAGUUACUUUGCGCCGUUGCUAUGGAGCUGUUGCCCCCACCGCUGCGGGACAUGGAGGUCACUGAGGGGUCUCUCUGCUCCUUCCCGACCCCCGAUGACUUCUACGACGACCCCUGUUUCAAUACCUCGGACAUGAGCUUCUUUGAGGACCUGGACCCCAGACUGGUGCAUGUAGCCCUCCUGAAGCCGGAGGACCCCCACCAUAAUGAGGAUGAGCAUGUGCGGGCCCCCAGCGGGCACCACCAGGCGGGCAGGUGUCUCUUGUGGGCAUGCAAAGCCUGUAAGAGGAAGACCACCAACGCCGACAGGAGGAAGGCCGCCACUAUGAGGGAGAGGAGGAGGCUCAGUAAGGUCAAUGAGGCGUUUGAGACCCUCAAGCGAUGCACCUCGACCAACCCCAACCAGAGGCUCCCGAAAGUGGAGAUUUUGCGCAACGCGAUUCGCUACAUAGAAAGUCUCCAGUCUCUUCUCCGCGGCCAGGAGGAGUCUUUCUACCCCGUACUGGAGCAUUAUAGCGGGGACUCUGAUGCCUCCAGCCCCCGGUCCAACUGCUCCGAUGGCAUG